UCUCCACCUUUGUCAAAUGUUGCCAUGGAGCCGUCCAAUCAGGGUGGGACAGCGUCUGGGAGCUGGUGUUUUACUGAAUGAGGAAAAGAACACAGGAAGGCAGGGAGAGGACAGAGUACGGAAGUCAGUAAACAGGUGGAGGGGAAGGACAGACACAGAGUGGACUGGACAUGGCAGGAGACAACAUGACAGAGGACGAUAUCACAGGUGUUUAUGUAAAACAGCAGAAGUACGUCGAGACGGAGGGAGAAGAUUGUGAUGACAGCCACAGUGACAGUGGGUUGGUAACACAGUUCUGUACUGUGGAGGGCAACAUCAACAGCUCCACUGAAACAUUAGGGGCUUCAGUCACAGAGACCCCCAUUGAGAAGGAGAUCAGGAAGUCUAUAGCGCGAGAACAAAGCCUGAGGAGAUCCAGAGGACUUCCCAAUCUGCCAUCUGCCCCAGAAUACGUUGAAGUAAACCUCAGGAAAAAUGUUCUCUCCCAGUCUCACGCCUUCAAGUCUGAGAGGUUUCAAGGCAAAGACCGACAGUUUGCUGGCAAGAAAAUGCUGCAGGACAUCUACGAGGAAGCCCAGAGAGAAGAGGAUCUGGUCAGGAUCGGAAAGGUUCUGGGGUUUUAUGACAAGGGUACCGUACGGCAACUAAAAGAAAGAAAACAUGUUUUUGAGGCCUUUCAAAAACCAAGUGACUCAACUCCGGCUCCUUCAAUGAGGAGCAAAACCUCACGUUUGUCCUCAUCCAGUGGUAGUUUAACUCUGGACGACCGAAAAGAUAUUUCAUCGAAGGCACCAAUCACCAAAGACUCGUAUAGAAGGAGUGUAGACCCGCUUGGUUUUACAGAUUUUCACACUUCAGCCAGAGGAGGCUCUAAUGGAGCAGGCUUUUCCGAGGGGCUGCCUAACAGAAACGUCACCACCACGGAUAAUGGGCCGACACAGAAGUACGGUUAUUUCACGCAGGAGGUGAAGAGGCCUGAAAGCACAAUCACAAAUGACAGACUCAACAGAUCAUCAUCUGGAACAGCAGGGCAUGGUGGCGUUACCAGGCUAUUACAGCAAAAUAACCAUGACAUGGUGGAGAAGGAAGUGGCCCAGGAAAACCCCUUUAUUAAGCUGCGCUCUUCAUCAAAUUUAGUUAAGGGUCAGCAGGACAUCCACGAGGCUCAGGAACGAGAGAAGGAGCUUCAGAAACAGAGAAUCAGUCUGUAUGGAGGGAAAGCUGGAGCGGCCUUAGUCGAAGACAUGAUGCCUUCAAUGUCUGCCACCCGUGGACUGGCUUUUGCUGACUUAGCAGACUCAGAGUUUGGACGUGGAACGGAACCCUCAGCAGGACACCAGUCAGCUGCAAGGUUGAUCAUGUGGCCUCCACCCAGUGUUAGAGAGCAGAGAACUUCACAGCCACAGCUCCACCCGAGACCCUGGACCUCAAGACGAAAGAACCCUCUCGUGCAGCGUUGGGAGUCGGGCCAGGUCAAUGGACAUCAGGAGGACGAGGACUGAGGAGCCGAAGACGUUGGUGACUUAAAGACAACUUUCCAUUUGAUUUUUUUUUUUUUUAUGAUUUAAUUAAACACAAAGGUCACAUAAUAGAUUAGAGACCAAAACCUGUCAUGACUUGAUUAAUGUUUGUAAUAUUUUAUCACCAAUACCAGUUUAUUACACCUCAACAAUCACAUCAUCGUAUCAGACCUUUGUAAGUAGGUUAGCUGGAAUUUAACUGGACAAAAAAAUGAUGAUAAGGAAACAAAAAGAAAGGGGAAAAUGGAUACCAUUCCUUUGAUAAAGUCUGCCUGCUAGAUUGCAAUGCACUUUAAGGAAAUUGUUUGGAAUUAAAACAUGAAGGAAUUAAAAAUGACUGUGUUUAUGCCUCUUAUCUCCUCUGCUCAUCUGUUUAUCUUUAUUACAUUCAGUGUUCACCUCCUUGUAUCAGCACAUACAAGGAUGGAGUGACUGGGUUGGCUGAAGGCUGUACUGAAGUAUCUAGCUUCUGUAUCUGACUGACACUGUGCCCAGUUUCUUUGAAUACAGCAGACUGUUGUUUUCACAUUUGCUUUACUUUGCCAAAAUGCUUAUUUCAAUAAGUCUCAUUCUAUAGACUGACUGUCAUGUAACCAAAA